AUGCCCCCGAAACUCCACACACAACGAACGCGGAAAUGCAAGACUAGCUGUAUUAAUUUAUGUAGCGAAUGGAGAAAUGGGCAGUUGUGUGGUGGAGCUGCAAGCCAUGCUCAACAACCCCGGCAAUGGUCGGAGUCAAGAAGAGAUCUAAACGUCCGUCUGCAAAAUCCCUCCCUUAAUCUCAAACAGCAACGAGAAAUAUUGCAAGCGAACGGAGAAAUGGGCAGUUGGGUGGUGGAGAUGCAAUACAGGCUAAACGCCGCCAGAAUCGAUUGGAGCCAAGAAGAUCAAUCGGGGAGGACAAUCUACAAAGUCCCUCCCCUCAUCUCAAACGUUAACAAGAAAGCCUACCAGCCCCGGGUGGUGUCGUUUGGGCCGUACCAUCACGGGGAACCUCACCUGAAAUCGAUGGAGGCUCACAAGGAACGCGCUCUCCUCUGCUGCAUCCAUCGAUCGGGGCUACUCGUGCAAGAAGUCUUUGCUUUCGUAGCAGAAGUGGCUCAAGAGUUGAAGGACUCAUACGAUUCCCUCGACUCUGCAUGGCAACAUGACACCGAUAAAUUCGUGCAAUUAAUGAUGUUGGAUGGGUGUUUCAUGCUUGAAUUAGUACGAGUUGCAUACCAGUCUGAAAAUUAUUAUUUUGGCAAUGAUCCUGUCUUCAGUCGACAUGGGGAUCUCUAUCUCGUGCCAUUUAUCAAGGCCGACAUGUUAUUAUUGGAGAAUCAGUUGCCAAUGUUGCUUUUGAUCAAACUCAAAUGUAUCUUAGAGAAUAUUGAGCCUGACAUUGAAGACUUGAACGCGGACAUACUCUGGCUUUUAGACCACGACAUCAGCAAGUACUCAGACAUCGGCAAGUGUUUGCACGUGCUUGACCUCCACCGCAAGGGCCUACUCCACGGAAAUGCAGCCCCCCAAUCUCCAGAUCAAUCUCCAGAUCAACGAGAAGGAAAGAACAACAGGGUCGGCCACAACGUUGUCCGCCCAGCCACAGAGCUCCACGAGGCUGGCGUCCGCUUCAUGAAAAGCAAAAGCACAAGUCUCUUGGACAUCACCUUCGAUGGCGGUAUCUUGAAACUUCCCAAUUUUAUGGUUGAUGACGAUGCCGAAUCAAUGUUCUUGAAUCUCAUAGCCUUCGAGCGUUGCCACAUCCCUGCUGGCAGUGACAUCACUUCAUUCGUCGCGUUCAUGGAUAACAUCAUCGACGACGAUCGGGAUAUCAAACUUUUGAGUUCGAAAGGGAUUAUCGAUAACAAUAUUGGCACCGACAAGGAGGCAGCCGAUUUGUUCAACACAAUGUCUAAGGAUUUGGCCAUGGAGAUGAACAACAACCUUGGCCAAGUGUACAAGAAUCUCAUCACCUACUGCAACACGCCUUGGCAUAAAUGGCGUGCCAAUCUAACUCAAAUUUAUUUUAGAAACCCGUGGGCAAUUAUUUCUGUCAUCGCAGCCUUCAUUCUCUUCUCUCUUGCUACAGUGCAAACUAUCUUCACCAUCCUAAAUUAA